UGUUCCCCCCACUCUCUUCUCCAUUUCUCAUUCCUUCUCAUCGAGAGGAGGUUCUUCAAGUGCCAGCCAUACCUGAGGGCCAUCGGACCCCAAGAGGUAACCAUGACAAACCCAUGCAUGGGGUUUCUGGAACUGCUAGGGAUGCUGGUCGGGUCGGGGGGCUGGUUUUGUUCACUGGCGGCCACCAUCAUGCCUCAGUGGUUGUCACUUUCUACUGAACUAAUGGGCAUGGAGAGCUACGAACAAGGGCUUUGGGAGGCUUGCGUGAUUCAGGAGGUCGCUGGCACAGAGUGUCGGCCCUAUGACACUAUCCUAGGCCUCGAACCAAAGUUUAUGCUGGCCCGUGUUCUGAUCUGUGUUUCGGAUGCCACAUGUCUACUCGGACUUCUCCUCGCCAUCCCUGCCAUGAGUCAGAUCAAUUGCUGUAAGAGCGAGGAGGGAUGGAGGACCAAGCGAGGUUUGAAGAUCACGGCCGGUGUGUUUUUAUGCAUCGCUGGAUUGUUUGUGCUCUUUCCCGUUUCCUACAUCGCUCACGAUAUUGUAAUUAAGUUCUUUGAUGAGUCCAUACCUCACGUGGUGCCACGUUCAGAGUUCGGGGAUGCUCUGUUCAUCGGCUGGGCUGCAGGACUUCUUGACAUUGUGGCAGCCGUGCUGUUAUUCACUUCUUGCUCAGACUCGAGAGACAGUGAACGAUAUCUGGUGCAUCACCAUCAAAGGCAAGAGAUCCAAACUAUCGAUGGUUCAAGAAAACACACUCAAGAGUACGUUUGAGGUACAUUUGUCAUGAAAAUAGAUUUUUAUUUUUUCUUCUGAAAAAAGUUACCUUCAGUGUAUCAAUCAAUCAAACCCAUGAAACAGGUAUAGCAUUACCAUGAUGCAUUCAUCCUUCAAUAUCUACUAGUCUAUUUGAUUAUUUGUAUUAUCUGUAAAGUGUUAAUAUUGAAAAGUUACCAAUAUGUUUUCAAUUGCUUUAAAAGAGAUGUUGAAUUUUUUUGUUGUUGUUGUCAUUUUUGGGAUUUCUGAUCACAAAUAUUGUAUGCCUUAAUAUAAAAAAUACAUAAAUAAUAUACAAAAUUAUAUAUACAUAUAACUAGUAAAUAAAGGGUAAAGGUAAGAUUUUGGUCUUCUUUAUUUAGUAUGCAUUUCUAGAUCUCAAUUCCAUCGGCAAAAGUAAUACAAGGGGUGCUUCUCAAUCAGAAGGAUGUGUCCUCUAUCUCAGAUGCCACAUUACCAAACCGAAAGAUGAAGGCAUUAUGUUUUCUUUCUAUCUUUUUUUUUUUUUUUUUUUUGUAAAUGAAUCACAUAAUGCACAACUAUGCAUAAUACAAACCAAUGGAAGAGCACAGGUUGUAAUUACGUAUACUGCAAUAUUAGAAAGUCAGUUAACAUAAAGUAUUCUUCAAAUUACAAUUUGAAUAGUAUUUCUGUGCUGUGACCAUCUCAUUGUUGCGUUUAAUUUCCGAGCAGGACUGGACGGACACAUCAUCACUAGGAUGCAGCCUUCCGUUUGAGAAAAGCCCAUUGUUUGGGGAUCAUUGUUUGUAAACCUCCUGGAAAUCAGCUGGUACUAGCCCAGAAUACUGUCUAUUUUAGUACGAAAUAAAAGAUGCUUCUUUACACAUGUUUUACUA